UGCGUAGCCUUUAUCUAGCAUAAAGGCUUCAAGGCCGAAUCACUCCAAAAAUCCUGCCUACACCGCUUUUCAUUUCUCCCAGUUUAUUCUGCGAUAUCGAUUCACAGCGAGCAUGAGUAGUGAAACCUUAGCUCCCAUUGCUAUUAUUGGAAUUUCCGCUGAGCUCCCUAGUGGAGACUAUAGUAACACCAACCUUGAUUUCCAAACCUUCAAGAAUUUUCUCCAUGAAAAACGCGAUUCUUACAGCCGUGUACCCGCCGACAGGUUCAAUGUAGACCUGUGGAGAGGUAAAAAUGCUGGUCACAUCUUCACCGACACUGGAUCCUUCUUGAAGGACAUAUCAAUGUUUGAUUAUCUUGAGUUCGGUAUCAAUCCCAAGGACGCCAAGGCACUCGCUGUUGGUACCCGCAGACUGGUUGAAAACUCUUUUCUUGCGUUGUGGGAUGCUGGAAUCCAAUAUCGCGGCCGUAACAUUGGCACUUAUAUGUCCGCUGUGGCUCAUGACAUUCUAUCAGUCGGUGAACACGCACCUACUGAUGCAGCGGGAUCUUUUGCAGGGGCCUAUACUAUGGUCGCCAACAAAGUUGCAUACCACCUUGAUCUUUGUGGUCCCUCGCUUCCAGUUGAUACUGCUUGUAGUUCUACUGCGACUGCUACACAUCUUGCCGUUCAGGCAAUACGAGCCGGUGAAUGCGAAGCCGCUGUUGUUGGGGGAUGUCAAGUCAACUCUAGGUUCAUCGAUAUUAUCUGUUACAGUCAAGGUGGCGUUCUUGCACCUGACGGAAUGUGCAAGCCUUUUGAUGCUGGAGCUAACGGUUUCUCGAGAGGGGAAGGGUGUGUCGCGAUUGUUCUCAAGCCUUUAGACAAGGCAAUCGCAGAUGGAGAUUAUAUCUACGGAUCUAUUCUCGGAACUGGUAUCAAUGCCACGGGUAACUCGGCCCCAGUUUAUGCACCUCUUGCAAGUGCGCAAGAAGACGCAAUGCGUAAGGCAUAUGUCGCAACCGGAAGAUCUCCCCAAGAGGUAGAUUUCAUUGAAUUGCACGCGACAGGGACGUCCGUCGGCGAUCCUAUCGAGGCCAAUUGGGUUGGAAAAGCAUUUGCCCGGAACGACGAGCUCCUCAUUGGAAGUGUUAAAGGCAACAUUGGACACACCGAAAUUGUUUCGUUUAUGGCAUCCUUGUGUAAAGUUCUUUGGAUCUUCCAAGAUCGUCUGGUUCCUCCCAAUGUCAAGCUCAACAAAUUGAAUCAAAAAGUCAAGUGGAAGCAGUGGAAACUCCGGGUCCCUACAGAAAUUGAGCCGAUCGAACCCCGUCAUCCCUCCGGCAAGCUGUUGAUCUCUAUGAACAGUUCUGGUAUCGGUGGUUCCAAUGCUCAUGUUUUGGUCGAGAGUCACGAGCUAAAUGUCGCUCUCCCUAAUGAAAUCCCUUCCAACUAUCCUGUCCUUCUCUUGGCCGGUGCACUUUCGGACUCUUCAACAAGUGCCGUCGCUAAACAACUUGUUACUUUGGCAGAUGGAAACAAAGAUAUUGCUGCCCUCUCUCUCGCCUUCGGCCGUCGAAGUAUGCAAAUGAACUGGAGAUCAUUCUCUGUCACCCUUCCCGGUGCUACUCCGAUUUUCUCAUCACCCCGAUUCAUCCCACGGAAUAGACCUGCCCUUGUAUGGGUGUGUUCAGGUCAGGGUCCUCAGCACAUUGCGAUGGGCCGACAACUCUUCAAUCAAUUCCCUGUCUUCCGCUCCAGUAUACUCGAGCUUGAUUCUGUCUAUGCUGCUGUCGUCGGUCAAUCUAUGAUUGCUCGCACAGGUUUAUUCUCGAAUGAUGUGUCUGCACAAAAGCUACCUGCAGUCUGGCCCAUUGAAAUUACCCUCCCUGCAAUCGCGAUGGUACAACUCGCACUCAUCGACCUAUUCCAAUCUGUAGGGAUAGCUCCGGAUGCAGUUGUCGGUCAUUCUGCUGGCGAAACCACUAUGCUUUAUGCCUCUGGAGCCACUUCCAAGGCCUUGGCUCUCGAAAUCGCCAUCGCUCGUGGAUUGGCAGUUGCGGAGCUCGAGGCUCUUGAAGGUAGCAUGGUUGCUUUCAGUUGUGACCCGAUUGUUGCCGACGAUAUCAUCAAUGAAGUUCGGGCUUCAAUUGAUGCUCCUAAGAUGAUCCUUGACGUUGCUUGCUACAAUGCAGAGACUGCCGUCGUCCUCGCGGGUCACGUUCUACUCUUGGAGAAGGCUAAGGAGAUUGCCAAAGCCCGGAAUAUCAUGGUUAAUCAGAUUGCCACUCGUGUUCCAUUCCAUAGCACGAUGAUGGAGGCUUGCAAGGCCUCAUAUUUGAAGCGAGUAUCUGAGGUCUUCGCCAAGUAUCGUGCAGAAGACUGUAUACCAAAGAUUCCUGCAUAUUCAACUAUGACUGGUGAAAUUUGGAAUGGAGCAUUCACUGCUGAUUACUUCUGGGACAAUGCUCGUUCCCCUGUUGAAUUCCUUAGCGCCAUCAAUAGCAUCUUGGUAGAUAUGCCAAAUGCGACCUUCCUGGAAAUAUCUCCUCAUCCUGUCUUAUCUUCCUAUGUUUCAAGUAUUCGAGGUAGCGCGGACGUCGUCUUUUGUGGAAUGCGCCGAAAACGAGAAUACCCUCAAUUUGGUGAAUACACACAAAUGAUGGAAACUAUCGGUGGACUCGCGGUGACAGGAUACGAUUCCAUUGACAUUCGGGCACUCACUGGAGUCCGGUCACCACCAAUCCCUUCACCGUUCAAGUAUCCGUUCUCGAAGAAGGAAGUUCCUGUUUAUUCAGACGUUUGUCGCACGUCGCUUGAUCAUAUGGAUGCUACGUACAGGGGCCCGCUAUGUUCCUCGCCUCUGCGAAUCAAUUCUUCUACACAUCCUGAUCUGACACAGCACGUUAUCAAUAGUCAACCCAUUAUGGCUGCUGCAGGUUUCCUCGAGAUGGGCUUUGAACUCGGAGGUCGUACUCUAUGGAAUGUCAACUUCCGCACCAUGCUUCCUCUCAUUGCCGACAAAACAAUCUCUGUUGAAGUCAAGCGCGAAGACUCUCGCUGGUCGGUUAGCUCAUACAAGCCUGGCAAUCUCGAUGAACUUCGCCUGCACACUGAUGGUUUCCUGUCUACUGAACUAACUAGUUCUCCCCCAUUAUUCGAUCUGGCUGCGCUUCGGAAAGGAUGCAAGGUGGUGGAGUCGGAAGAGUUCUACGCACCCAUCAACCAUUUCGCACAAUACGGACCCAUGUUCAGACGAGUGACUCGGUUCUGGCGCGGCGCGAAUGAAGGAUUAGCUGAAGUUAGAGGUUUUGCUCCUGAUCUCACUGAACAUGGCUACAAUUAUAUUGUGCAUCCUGCCAUUUUGGAUGCUUGCUUCCAUGCCAUGGUUCUUCCUGCAUCCGCCGACAAUGAUCCAAACUCGUAUCAUCUUCCGCUCUCAGUCGAAUACGUGGCUUUACAUCAGUCGGAGUUGUUCCCAUCGGGGCAGACAGCUUCCGAUACUUUCUAUGCUUACGUCAAAAUGAAGAAUUGGACUCCUGAGGAGAUCAAAUUCGACUUGGAAAUCCUCCUACCCAAUGGUCAAUCCGUUCUAUCGCUCCAUGGAUUCUCAGUUGCCCAUCAUGAGAAAGUUAGCGGCAUCACAAAUGCACAAAGCUUUGAGCUCGUCUACCAGCCCUAUAUGCUUCCAGCUUAUACUGGUACUAUCAACGGUUCAGCAAACGGUCAUGGUAUCAAUGGGCAUGCUAAUGGCGCUGCCCUAACUACAGAUGAUCUUCAGUCAGCAAUUAAGGCGACCAUUGAUUUUGCAGUAGCCAGGAAGAAAGUCAUCAGGGUUUUAGAAGUCGGCGCAGCUUCCACUCAACUCUUGAGUCAGCCCAAGAUUGUUUCUCUCAUCGAGAAUCCUGGCGCGGCGGAUAUCAUUAUACAUUAUACUUGUGCUGAUACCACAUCAGUUUCUGUCCCACCGUUUGCGCAUUACACAAAGCUGGACCUAGCUGGACCAGAACCUAGUUCCUUGCUUUCCACGUUUGAUAUCAUUCUUGCAUGCGGAGAUGUGAACGUCGAUGAUAAUAGCACGACUGCAUCGUCCAUAUCCAAACUUCUUCUUCCCGGGGGUCUUCUUAUAGUUUCUGAUCCCGCAGGAUGGAAGCGGUCGCUCAAAGAUUCUGGCCUCGUCUUCCUGUCCGGUCUUGGAAGCGCAGGAAUUGCGCAAAAAGCACGUGACAUAUUUUCGAAGCCAUCCGCCGUGGCCGAACUUUCCAUCGUCGAAUAUCCUACUAAUGCUAACGUUAAUCCCAACUCGUUACUCGCGCUACAAACCACCUUCAGCCAGUUACGUCAGUCGGGACCAAAAGAGUUAUGGCUCCACGCGAAUUCCGAUGAAGCUUCCGGGUCUGCUGCUGGAUUUUCCAGAGUUCUUCGUGUCGAAGUACCUGAUUUACAGCUUUACAUGGUAUUCUUUGACAGUGCCUGGGAUGUAGAAAGGAGGACUGCAUUCAUUCGCUCGAUCGCUCACCUUCAAAAUCUUGACAAAGAAUUCGAGGUCGACGACUCAGGCACUAUACUGGUUCCCCGAUAUGUUCCUUCUGCCAUCCCCAACGCUUCAUUGAACGACGAAAGCACCGUCUCUCUCGACUCCGUCGUUCCUCCUACUCUCAUCCCCGAACAAUACAUAUUAGUAGAAGUUCUGACUGCCAGCGAAGUCCACGCUGGAUUCAAAGGAGUGGUUGGCCGAGUGAUAAAAUCGAAGGCUUCUCAGUGGAAAGAGGGGAAAGAUGUUGUUGGUGUGGUGACUGUGACCCAGAAAGAUUUCCCCACUCCCUACAUUGUGGCUCAUGAAGGACAGUUUGCGUCCCUUCAGGACUCGAGCAUUGAGCCAGACACUUCUGCGUUCCUCGCCCUUUCAAUGGCUAUUAUCGGUAUAGCAUUGGGUAUCACCAGCAUUCGCGAUAUCAAACGCUUACAGAGACGGAAGAUUGGUGUUGUUGGUAUAAUGAACAAGGAUAUUUGUGAGCUCUUACUGGCUUUGGGUGUCAAUGCGAAAGUGGCUUCGACAAACCCAGAAGAAAACAGCUUGACAGUUUUGCGUGGCAGCGAUUUUGUCAUUGCUAGUGGUUUAGAUAAGAAUGAUGCUCAAGUCAUUCGUGGUUCUGUUCGACCACAGACCUCCGUUUUCAUUUGGGACGAUCCGGCGACUGGAUUGGCCACGGAGUUAUCGAGGAACCCAUGGCUCAUUGGAGACAUCAUCGCUGAGUUUUAUACUCAUCACAAGCCCACCAUCGAGACGCACUCUAUUCCGGCGAAGGUAAACGUGAUUGAGAGCCAGACGAGCAAGACUCUGUUCCGCGCUGAUAGAUCAUAUCUAUUAGUCGGUGGAAUUGGCUCAAUGGGUUUGAAAAUAGCUCUAUGGAUGUAUGAGAAUGGCGCAAGGAACAUUAUCAUGACCUCCCGCUCUGGAGCUGCUACCCUUGAUCGCCCUCGCUACGAAGCUGGCAAACGUAUCUCUGAAUACGCAAAGACAUUACCUGGUCUAAAUCUACAGCUGGAGGCCUGCGAUGGAGCAUCCGCAGGGGCCAUGACCAACUUAAUUUCGUCCUUGAGUUUGCCGCUUGCCGGCGUCAUGCUGCUUUCCGCAUCUAUCAACGACCGUCUGUUCUCUGCUCAUGACGAAGACUCCUGGUCGUCUCCGUUCGUUUCCAAAGUUCACGUAUUCAAGGCCCUAGAAGCUUCAUGCUCUCUCGAAUCAUUAGAUUUCAUUAUCAUGUUUUCGUCUGCCACGAUCUUAGGAAGUUUGGGUCAGGCCAAUUACGCUGGUGCUAACAGUGCAGUCGAUUUCUUAGUCAGAAAGCUCCCCAACGCUUUCUCUAUCGUUUGCCCUGCCAUCCUAGACUCUGCACUAUUCGAGGCAACGAACGAGCUGAACACUGAUGUAACCCGUUGGUCAACUUGGGGCAUGACCUGCAGUGAACUGUGCCACCAUAUUCGUCUUGGACUCCUGAAAAUGCGCAAGCAACCGUUCUACCUUUAUGUGCCUCCUUGGAGUUGGGACAAGGCCUCUGCUGGGCUUGGAACAGCCUGUCUUCCCAUGUUCUCCCAUCUAUUUUCAGAUGAGGCUGCUAAUGGGGGCUCAGCUGGUAAAAAGGACGCAUCUGCUGACGUGAUCAAAAAUAUUGUACUGUCGUUCCUGGAUGUCGCCGAGGAUGACUUCUCGAUGAGCACUCCGUUGACCUCAUACGGUUUAGACUCACUCUCUGCAGGUCACCUGUCUGUCGCCUUGAGACCGUACCUGCAGAUUGCUCAAAUGCAACUGCUCUCGGAUAUUACCACUGAGGAUAUCGUCAACCUUACUCAAGGUGACGGCGACGAAGAUGACGAGGGGUCAAGUAGCGCCCCUGCGUCCAAACUUGCUCCUGUCAUAUACAAUGCCUCGUCUAUCCAGGAGAAGAGAUACGAUUGGCAGAUACCACCAAAUCAACCUGGCGAAACGCUAAUCAAGAUGAUUGACAGACCCGGCGAAACACCCCUCAUUUUCACCCACGGCGGUGGUGGAAAUCUUCUAACCUUCGUACCACUUCAAGAACAAUUCACAUCUGCCCUUUGGGGUGUUCAGGUCACACCUGAAACGCCUCUGGAAUCUGUCGAACGUACGGCCAAAUUCUACUACGAGAAAAUCAAGGAAGCUCAGCCGCAUGGUCCAUAUCGAAUCGGAGGAUAUUGUGCAUCUGCACUUAUCGCCUAUGAGCUCGUAUAUCAGUUCCAGCAAGCAGGAGAUGAGAUAUCACAAUGGGUUAUGUUGGACUUCUCUCCUGCCAUCUUUGGUAGUUAUCACUUCACUGCUGGACUUGACGAGGAAACUAUCAGAACGAAAGUGCCCACCAAGGACGUCAUUGGUAUUGGCAUUCGCCUUAUGGACCGAAUGACUGAAUUAGAUACCAACGAGGGAGCAAAGACUGUCAUUACUGAGAUUUGGGACGCUCACAACGGUCUACCAGCUCGCGAUCACAUCAAACAACAGCACCGUGCAUUUUCUGGCAUCGGUUUGGGUGCGCUCGACCUAUUCUUCACAUUAGCGGGCAACGAUGAAAAGAUUCUUCGCGACCCUGCUGCCCUUGAACAGCGUAUGAUCGAGUGGGCCGCUCGUGUCAAGGUUCCAAUGCAACUGGUGCUCCCUAGACAGAGUGGUGCGCGUUCCCUUUUCCCAGAUGGUGAUGCCAGCUGGGAGAUGCUCGGCACCGAACGUUUUGCGAAGAACUUUGAGAGGUUUGAUGUGAAUGGUGGGCAUUUGACGAUGAUGGAGGAUCCCAAGUUGGCCCAAUUCCUUGAAUUUGGCGCAAGAAAAUAGGAUGAACGUCGGACUCGCGUCUUUGAUAAAAAUUACUGUAGAUCUGACUGUAUAUAUCAGUACUACUUAAAGUAUGUAUCCUGUCUGUAGACCGUAGAACUAAGAAAACUGUAAAUUGUAAAUCUUGCCACGUGAACG